AACUAAUUCUAUUUUAUCUUUAGUUUUCAACUUUGUAGAAAGCCUUUUAGAUUCUCUCUUCUUCUCCGAUCGCUGCUUCUAGAGUUCUAGGGGCAAAGAUUAAAGUUGAUAACUUUGAAGAAGAGGAUGCUACCAAAUCAAUUCAAGAGGGACACGAAAGAGAUGGACUUUUUCACAGAGUACGGUGACGCGAACCGAUACAGAAUCCUCGAAGUAAUCGGCAAAGGAAGCUACGGAGUCGUGUGUGCGGCCAUCGACACACACACCGGAGAGAAAGUCGCUAUCAAGAAGAUCAACGACAUCUUCGAACACAUCUCCGACGCGCUUCGCAUCCUCCGUGAGGUCAAGCUUCUUAGGCUCCUGAGGCAUCCUGAUAUAGUGGAGAUCAAAAGCAUCAUGCUUCCCCCUUCCAAGAGAGAGUUCAAAGACAUUUACGUUGUCUUUGAGCUCAUGGAAUCGGAUCUUCAUCAAGUUAUCAAAGCGAACGAUGAUCUGACUCGUGAUCACCACCAGUUUUUUCUUUAUCAGAUGCUCCGCGCCUUGAAGUUCAUGCAUACGGCUAAUGUUUAUCAUCGUGAUCUUAAGCCGAAGAAUAUACUGGCGAAUGCGAACAGCAAGUUGAAAGUUUGUGACUUUGGAUUGGCUAGAGUAGCGUUCAAUGAUACUCCUACAACAGUCUUGUGGACGGACUAUGUUGCCACAAGAUGGUACAGAGCGCCUGAGCUCUGUGGAUCAUUCUUCACUAAGUACACUCCAGCUAUAGACAUAUGGAGCAUUGGCUGUAUCUUUGCAGAGGUGCUAACAGGGAAGCCAUUGUUUCCGGGGAAAAGCAUUAUUCAUCAGCUGGAGUUGAUUACUGAUCUUCUCGGCACACCAAAACCUGAGACUAUUUCUGGAGUUAGAAAUGAUAAAGCUAGAAAAUACUUGAGUGAGAUGAGGAAGAAAGAUCCGGUCAUCUUCUCUAAAAAAUUCUCAAAAGCAGAUCCUUUAGCAAUCAGACUUCUGCAGAGGCUGCUGGCUUUCGAUCCAAAGGAUAGACCAACAGCUGCAGAGGCGCUGGCUGAUCCUUACUUUAAGGGUCUUUCUAAGGUUGAGAGAGAGCCUUCGUGUCAGCCAAUCUCGAAGAUGGAGUUUGAAUUUGAGAGAAGAAGGUUGACAAAGGAUGACAUUAGGGAACUUAUUUACAGGGAAAUACUUGAGUACCAUCCUCAGUUGCUCAAGGACUAUAUGAGUGGUUCUGAGGGAUCAAGUUUUGUAUAUCCUAGCGCUAUAGGACAUCUUAGAAAGCAGUUCAAUUACUUAGAGGAGAAUAGCAGUAGAAACGGGCCGGUCAUACCUCUUGAGAGGAAGCACGUUUCACUUCCCCGGUCUUCAGUUCACUCAAGUGUAGUGCACUCCACAAGUCAACCCAACUUGUUCGAGCCGUCAAGAAGUGGUGUAGUUUCUGGAGGAACUAGAGCUUUAGGACCUCCACCAAGAGUACCACCAUCAGGUAGAGCAGGACGUGUUGUAGAAUCAUCAUCUGUUAGUUAUGAGAAUGGUAGGAACCUCAAAGAAGCUUAUUUCAGAAGCGCCGUAUCAUCUCCUCACUGCUACUUCAAACCAAACACCAUGAUUAACCCAAAUAACCGCAAAGUAGAAGCUUCUUUUCAGCCAAACCCGCAAGAAUUCGUCACUGUGACUACUAACCAAACAAACGUGGAGAUUGUAAACAGCCCAAACCCUUAUUACCACCAAUCACAGCUCCCUAAUAUAGAACAGUCAAGCAACAACAUUUCCAUCGAUGCUAAGCUGUUGCAAGCACAGACACAGUUCGGUCCAGCAGUUGCAGUAGCCUCACACCAGAACAUAGGCACAGUUGGUUACGGCACAGCAACUUAGGCUCAACAAACAUUUCAGACAGAUAUUUUGACAACCAAGGUCUUACCUUUUUUGUGUAAAGUCUUAUUGUUAUUUCAACCAGGCUCUAAUUUGAACAACUUUGCAAUGAUAUAUAAAAUAGACUUUCUGAUGUUGUAACUCACAAGAACGAAACUAGUGGCUAAUAUCAGUCUGAUCCCGGGUUGUCACCGGUUAUGGUUUCGGUUA